GCUGAGGCACUUAGGAAGGAAAUAUCAAAGGUGGGAAAAAGCUUAAUAGUCGCUGAGUGGAGCGGAGGAAGUCGCGCGUUGUUUUCAGAGAUGUAGAAAGAAGGAACUGGGUGUCUCUUUAAUAAACAGAGGGACCCAUGACCCUGACACGAGGAUCCUUCACUUAUUCCAACGGAGAGGAAUACCAUGGAGAGUGGAAAGAAGGUCUGCGUCAUGGGCUGGGACAGCUGAUUUUCAGUGAUGGGACGUGCUACACCGGACAGUUUGAGAAUGGCUUGUUUAACGGAUGCGGGGUGCUGGUCUUUCCUGAUUGCUCCAGGUAUGAAGGCGAAUUUGUGCAGGGGAAGUUCCAGGGAGCUGGUGUUUUCACUCGCUUCGAUGGCAUGAAGUUUGAGGGCGAAUUUAAAAGCGGAUGUGUGGAUGGCCAUGGACUGCUGACAUUUGUGGAAGGUGGAGGAGGUGGCAGCCAUGAGGGUCUGUUUGAGACCAACCAGCUGAUAAGGAGAGAGAGCAGCCAUGGAGCUGUUAAGAGAGCGCAAGCAGCUUCUGCCAAAGCGAGAGCUCUGGCCUUGUGAUGUGGCCCACUCCACCCACACUGUCCCCCAAUACCAGGGUCUAAUCCACUUCCUCUCAGUCUGACCUCCUGAAUAUGUUUUUAAUGCGCCUUUGUUUUACUCUGUCCAGCUUCUGUAAAUGAUGCUUGGUUAAACUGUGUUUUCUAAUUAAUUUAAACUCUUGUGUCUGUAACCUGCAGUGUUCUCUGGAAUAAUCAGUAAGAUAAUAUAUGCUAACACAGUCACUGACUCAGGAUCAGUAAAGCCAAACACACACUGUUUGGCACACUGCUAAGUGCUAUACCUGAUCCAGUGUUGGAUUUAAAAAAAAAAAUUCUGGAUGCAACAUUGUAUCUGGGCAUUUAUCAGGUAAUCCUGAAAAAAGGCAGGGUUACACUGGGCUUUACAUAAGAGUUCUACAAGUGAACAAAGGCUCAAAUGUGGGUAAAAUAUAAAAAUGUAUUUAUUUCACUCGCUUCUGAAUACAGAGAGCGGUGGUCUAGUGAUUAGAGCAGGGUGCUUGUGUCCUGGGAAACCUGGGCUACAGGUUUGAAUCCUAAAGACUCUGGGUGCCUGAGCAAGACUCUUACCCCCAGAAUGCUCCCCGGGGGCCACACAAUGACAACCCACUGCUUCCCAAGGUAUGGGUUAAAUGCAGAGGACAAAUUUCAUUGGAAUGGACAAAGUUGCAAUGACACAUAAAGACUAUUAUUCUAUUUUACUUUGGUAUUAGUUUCAGCUUUCAAAAUGUUUACUAAAAUAAACAUCUUAAACAUUAAUUAAGGUCACAUUGUCUUACAAUGCAUAGUCAAUUUCUAAUAAUUUCCUAAAUGGUAAACGGCUUGUACUUGCAUGGUGCUUUUAUCAAGUCUAACUACCCCAAAGCGCUUUACAAUACAAUCAGUCAUUCACACACACACACACA